AGUGGUCUCGUCGGGUCCCGUCCUCCCGGCGCGGAUCGGAGCGGAAGUGCCCGAGUUGCCGCUGAGCAAGUUGCGCUCCAUCAGGGCGGCUCCGCGCUUCUCUUCCUCCCGUUCCUUACGGCGGCGGUGGUGGUGUUGACUCCGAUGCGGCGGAAGCAGAAGCGGUUGCUGCAGGCGGUGGGGUUGGCGUUGGUCGCCCUCGUCUUCUUGCCCAACGUGGGGCUCUGGUCCCUGUACCGAGAACGGCAGCUGGAAGGCGGCGGGGCGAGCGGCGGGGAGGGGGCGGCAGUGGGGCCGCCGGGGGCAGCGGCCGGAGAGGCGGCGGCACCGCACAUGAGGCAAAAGAAAGACCUUUACUUUGGUGAUGGACAGAGGAAAAAGGACUGGCAUAAUAAGGAAGCAAUAAGGAGGGACCUUGAGCGUGUGGGAAAUGGGGAACAGGGAAAACCUUACCCAAUGACUGACGCAGAGCGAGUGGACCAGGCAUACAGAGAAAAUGGCUUUAAUAUCUUUGUGAGCGAUAAAAUUUCUCUGAAUCGUUCCCUUCCAGACAUCAGACAUCCAAACUGCAAGAAUAAGCUGUACCUGGAGAAGCUGCCAAACACCAGUGUGAUAAUCCCAUUCCACAAUGAAGGAUGGUCCUCCCUCCUCCGGACAGUGCACAGCGUUCUGAACCGCUCCCCUCCUGAGCUGAUAGCAGAGAUAGUGCUGGUGGAUGACUUCAGUGACAGAGAUCACCUGAAGAAACGCCUGGAAGAUUAUAUGGCCCAGUUCCCAAAUGUAAGAAUCCUCCGAACCAAGAAGAGGGAAGGGCUGAUAAGAACUCGGAUGCUGGGGGCCUCUGUGGCAAUAGGAGAUGUUAUCACCUUCUUGGAUUCCCAUUGCGAGGCCAAUGUGAACUGGCUGCCACCUCUGUUAGAUCGCAUUGCCCGAAACCGCAAGACUAUCGUUUGUCCCAUGAUUGAUGUUAUUGAUCAUGACCACUUUGGAUAUGAGACUCAGGCUGGAGAUGCAAUGCGAGGUGCUUUUGACUGGGAGAUGUAUUACAAGAGGAUCCCUAUUCCUCCUGAGUUACAGAAACUCGAUCCCAGUGAUCCCUUUGAGUCUCCUGUAAUGGCUGGAGGACUGUUUGCAGUCGAUAGAAAGUGGUUCUGGGAGCUGGGAGGGUAUGAUGCAGGUCUGGAGAUAUGGGGAGGAGAGCAGUAUGAAAUAUCCUUUAAGGUGUGGAUGUGUGGGGGUCGUAUGGAGGACAUCCCUUGCUCUAGAGUUGGUCAUAUCUACAGAAAAUAUGUUCCUUACAAGGUUCCAACAGGAGUCAGCCUGGCGAGAAAUCUGAAGCGGGUGGCUGAGGUGUGGAUGGACGAGUACGCAGAGUACAUCUACCAGCGCAGACCAGAGUACCGGCAUCUUUCUGCAGGGGACGUCACAGCUCAGAAGGAACUCCGUAACAGCCUCAACUGCAAGAGCUUCAAGUGGUUCAUGAGUGAGGUUGCGUGGGACUUGCCCAAGUUUUACCCACCUGUGGAGCCUCCUGCAGCUGCCUGGGGAGAGAUACGCAAUGUAGGAACUGGGCUGUGUGUUGACACUAAACAUGGAUCUCUGGGAUCCCCGCUGAGGCUGGAAAGCUGCGUGAAGGACAGAGGAGAGGCAGCAUGGAACAACGUGCAGCAGGUAUUCACAUUUAGCUGGAGAGAAGACAUCCGUCCUGGGGAUCCUCAGCACACCAAGAAGUUUUGUUUUGAUGCCAUUUCCCACAGCAGCCCUGUGACCCUCUAUGACUGUCAUGGAAUGAAGGGAAACCAGCUCUGGAGAUACCGAAAAGACAAGACCCUUUACCAUCCGGUAAGCAGCAGCUGUAUGGACUGCAGUGAGAGUGACCGAAAGAUCUUUAUGAACAGCUGCAAUCCAUCAUCUCCAACGCAGCAGUGGAUAUUUGAACAUACAAACUCAACCGUCUUGGAAAAAUUUAACAGAAAUCUUGAUCUUUAAAAGACUGAGAAUAUAUAUAUAUAUAUAUUAUAUAUAUAUUUUACAAUUAUAGUUUUUACUGGGGAGGGUUACAAAAAUUUUUUUAAGAAUACUUUUUUUUUUUUUUUUUUUUAAACAGUUAAUGAAGGUAAAAGGGAGAAUCUCAGGAGAAGGUAAACUAGCAGGCCAGUCUUUAUUGUGAAGAUGCUGCAUCCUUCUCUUCUGGUAAUGGCGGAGUUCUAAAGGCUUUGCCAGAGCCGCUUCUGUGCUGAGAUGAGAACAAAAUCUCUGUUUUCAGAGGAGUCUGAAUGUGAUUCAAACUACUUUUCUUUUUUACCUGCUCUAUUUCCCUUGUGGGUCUGGUGUUAAAUGAUUUUAUUCUCUAGGACCCUCAAAUACAGUACUUUAUGUAGCUGCUAUACCACCUGCUGAAGCAUUCCCAAAUAUGUGCUUUAUCUUCCAAAUUCCAUCUGAGUAAAAUCUUGAACGCAAAAUUUAAUUCUCUGAUGUCACAGACAUAAAAAAGAAAUAGGCCAUCAAAAUGUAAGAUGAAAUGAAUUAUUUUUUUUUUUCUUUCCUGAAACCAAAAUGUAUUUCAAACAGAUUGACUGUUAUUACUUUCCAAAUGAUAGCUCUGAUAAAGGAAAGAGCUCUGGAGGAAGUGCAGCCGAGUGUUGGGGUUAUUGCUGUAGUUAUUGGAGAUGAGGAAUCUGGGUUUCUGGUCCAUUUGUUUUGCAGUCAAUUUGUCACUCGCUGUUGAAUCCUCAAGGUGAAAGAUCAGCGGAGUUUUUAACUGAGCACAGUUCUUACAAGUUAAGAUUUUUGGAUACCAAACUCAUUUUAUGUUCAGCAUCAUUUUAUCAUGGACACCUGUAGCGUUUCUUAGAGCUAAACGCGAAGGCAGCUUUUGUUUUUCCUUUAGAGAUUAACUCACUGUUGGUGUGAGAAGAUUAAUUCAGAAUAAUUAAGUCAGGGCUGGGAUUAGCCGUUGGUUUUUAUCCAUUUGUAGUUUAUUCUAAUCAUGAGUCCUGUGGUCAGUGGUGUUCUAGGCUUGUGGGAAUGCACUCUCCCUUUCUUUCCCAACAUCCACAGAACUGUACAGUUUCCAGUGACUGGAAACCUGCUGCUUAAGCAGACUAGGGCAGAACUAGCUGCCUCCCUAGCUCUGUCUGUUAUGCUAACUAUGAGGUUCAAAAUCAUUUCCAACUCUCGUAUCCUCAUAACUGAGGCCAUAUCUGACCUGCUCUACUAAAUCACCAGGUAUAGUCUCAGAGCAGGGAGAAAAUGGGCACUGCAUUGCAGCUGGGUCUGGGCUUGCCACAUGUAUUAGUGUCUAAUUCUUUAGGAGUGAAGAAAGGAAAGAUCUAGACUUCCCUGAGACAGUUCUGCAGCACUAUUGCUGUGGAAGUGAGAUCAGUGUCAAUCAGAGCUGACACCAUAUGUUCUCAGUAACUGCAAUAUCUCUGUCAUUAGAAUCUCUUUUCAUUUCUUUGGGAGAGAGCACCGCUUUCCAGUGCUUUGUGUCUGACUUGCUUUCCUUAAGUUAUUAAUGCUCUCAUUAGUCUAGUAGUGCUGACUGUGGAUCACUAGACGGCCUGAAUAAAUGUCUUUAUGAAUGUUUUAAUACCUGUGGAACAAGAAGCUGUUUGUCCAUGAUCAGUGCAAUUUUCACUUUUCUAAUGACUGUGACACAAUCAGCAAGUGAUGUACAUGGACUGUAGGGCGUUCUGCUUGCAGCUUUGUGUGUUUUUGUUUUCUAACAAGAGGAUUUGUUUCUGUUUCUAAAAUGCAUGGCUUGCUUCAUACUUGGACUCACUUGUGAAGAGAGCUUUGGAGUCCUAGCUGCUUGCCAUACUGGACUCUUGCUUCAGAAAGAACUACAGUAAUGAGCAGGUCUUUUACCACAGAGUGAUCUUAAUCGAGUGAGGAAGGACAGAUAGUAGCAGUGUGCAUCAGUAGACGUGGGGAUGUUGAGGCAUUUUGUGUUCAACAACCAAUUACAAUAUGUGGAAACUGGAGCUUUUAGGGUGACUGGUCCCACUGGGUGCUUCUCAAUAUUGUUGAUCUCGUUUGUUUUCUAAAGAUUUGGGGUUCUGAACUUGUAAGUGCCCCACAGAUUCUGUACAUUUCCUGCUGGCUCACUGGGCUUUGAGCUAUUAAUUUAUUCACGUCAGUUAUAAGUUUCAAUGCCCUAGAGGAUUUGCUGACUAAUGUGAAGACUUAAUACAGCCAGCCAUCCACUGAUUGAGAAAUAGAAGCUGUAUUUCACCAUCUGCAUCUUUAAUUGGGCCUUUGCUGGGCAAACUGGUUGAUUAUUCCGAUUACUUCUGGUUAUUUGUAAGCAAAAUUGCUGAAGCGUGAAUACAUAAGUAGAUCUUCAUAUCCGUGUGCAAGCCAAGACUAGAGAUUAAAUACCAGUGAUUAUCCAGUGCAAAAUGUUCUUCAUUUUUUCUCCUUAAAAGAUAUUCAAUCAAAUCCUCACUCCAUGGCUGCAUGAAUUCUGCUGCUUUAAAAUAUCACAAUCCCAGACAAGAGUGAGAUCCUUGGAUGUUCGUUAUGAUGUGUUAUUAUACUUUGAUUUGCUCUUGAAGCUCUUGUUGUUUUAUACAGGUGCUAAUCUCCAAGGCCUACAGAGUAAUGUUGGAGGACCUUAUGUAUGCAAGGUGUCCUUUUUCAUGCCUCAGUGUAUAACUUUGUUUUUCACAUUGUAGUAGAAGAAAGAGUGAGCCUUACUGAAAGAGGAAUACAGCAUCCUUAAAAUAAAGAUGUGCCUUUUUAAAUGUAAAUGUACAGCAAAUGCUUAAACUUGAACCAUUUCCUAGUGCCUUGCUGGACAAGAGAGAAGGGAGGAAGGGGCUGGAGGGAUGAGGAUGGAUGAGAAAGUUUGACUCAUGCAGAAUUUGUGUGUAUGCAUUUUAUUUUUAAGUGUGUAAGUGCAAAAUUAGUGUGGGUGGCAGUAAUUCAGAAGCUCCUGGGUUUCCUCUGUUAAAUUGAUGCAAUUAAUGACUUGGGGGUGGGUAGGGUGGACGUUGUCACUAAUGAAUGAGGUUAAACCAGAGGUUUUCUUGGUUGGCUGUUGGUUGUUCGUGGUGAAGACUGAUGAGGUUCACUGGCAUGUGAGGUCCUGAAUUUCAUGUUCUAAGUAUCCAAAUUGGAAAUCACAAAUAGUCCCGAGGGCUUAUCAGAUCUGUAGCAGAAGCAUCCUACAGAAAGUUGAUACUUUCAGUUGCUGAGGAACUUUGAAAGUAUAUGUUCAAAUCUAAUACAGAAGUAGCAAGAAAGCAAUUUCUCCCCUAAACUUUCUUCCUGGUUUGCUUUUCUGUAAACCUCUGUCCACAGCACUUUGCUUUCCUGUACUGGAAAGAUCCAGGCAGCAAUCUUUCCUCCUCCGUGCUGCACUGAGACAUCAGUGUACUGAACUCAAACAAGCACCACCAGCAACCAGUACUGCAAGAACAUAUUGUUCUUAUAGUAGGAUCAUUAUAGUAGCUCUACUGGCUUGCAUCACUGAGGGGAGAUGAGGGAGAUCUCUUAAAAGUUGUAUUGGGCAAUUGCAUAAGUGCUGGGCGUAAAAAGGGAGAAGCCUUUAUUUAAAAUUCUUUCAAGAUACGAACAGACACUUGACUAUUUUGACUGAGAGAACAGACAGCCUCUAGCAGUCAGCCUGCAAUGUUUUCUUUCAGUCAAAAGAGUGCUGUUAAAAUUGUGUGAAACAGUCUGGCUUUGCUAGCAGGGGAUCCAAGUGUGCUAUCCGUUCCCAGCUGCUGUGGUUCAAGUUCGUAAUCACCUACUGUGUUUCCAAGCACUUGUGACAAAGGAGCCUGAUAGUGCCUAAGUGGUCCUUACCUGAGGAGCAGCAAGGUAGAUUUGUUUGAACAGUUACUUAGCAUGACCAGCUUCUUAAAUAGUUAGCAAACUAUUGUCAAAAUGAUGAAUAACAUUAGGUUACUGUCAGGAUCUGUGGAGACGGGUUAAAAAGGCCCUUCACAGGAUGUACACAGUAAAAGGGGAGCCAGACUGGGAGUCAGGAGCACCAUGAAGUCCUGCUCCAUUUCUCAGUGGAUCAAGAAAUAGGUUUGAUUUGGCUUGAUUCAAGCAAUAGACUUGACUCACCUAAGCAAGGUGUGUCUGUGUGCUGGAAUUUCCUAACCUGUGUAAGAUUUAGCUUUAAGUGCUUUGUUUUUCUACCCUAGCAGGUGUUCAGAUAGCUCCUCUGUAGCAUCACACUUUAACUUGGAGAUCUGCGUAUGAAGCUGGGCAAUGAUAUAUUACAGAAAUCCUCAUUAAAACCCUAUGGCUGUUUUCUUUUUAAACUCUGCUUUUGCUACUUGAUUAUGCUCCCUGCAUUUGAGCUUUCUUGAUACCUCUGUAUUACCCAAAGGACUUCAGUGAUUCCAGCAGUCUUAUUUAAAGACGCUGGAUCUGUGUGCUCUUGAAGCUACUAGUUCAGCUCUUGGAAAAAAGUUUUAAUCCUAAUUAGAAAGCAAGCAAAUGAGACCGUCAACCGCAUGAGAAGUUCAGGCUUUAAAAAGAAAAAGACCUGAUCAAGCUAAAAGAUGCGAGUAUUUACCCUUGUGAUAAAAGCAACAAAGAGCUUUAGUCUGUAGGGCGGAGAAGAGAAUUGGUUUUAAAAGACAUUCUUCAGAAUGGUGGUGAUAAGAUCUAAGUUUGUCUAUACCUUGUACUGCAUGCAUUUUUAUCUGUAAAACUGGAUGGUGCCUCUUGAAUCAGUGUAUAUUUAUUUUGUGCAUAUUAGGACCAACAGCCUAAUAUCUGGGGGUGGUAAAGGACUUGUAGCACUUUAAUGUAGUAGCUUUCAUAAACUGGGAAUCAUUGAUAGAAUGCCUAGUGUUUUUAAAGUUGAAUGGACUUCCUUUUAUAAUAUAUUUAAAAUAAAUUUUUAAUGUGUUUUCUGAA